AGUAAACACGACGCCCGUGCAAGUCCUCGCAGCCACUUAGUUGCCCUCAAACGUACGUCAUCCGCGCCGCACCAAAGAAGGUCUCGAGACUUUUUUCUCUGCCUUUGAUGCAAUGACACUGCUUUUGAGCUUUUGACGAUGCGGGAACUGCUCCAUCUCUCGUUCUCGGCGGCUGCGAACCACGUCACCACUCACUUCUUCAACACACAGGAGGCGUACUUCACGUACGAAGAGGAUACAAGUACAAACUACACCAUCGCCCAUGAGAACAAUGAGAAGAAAAGCAAGGCUCCUGGUCGGACAAAGAUCGAUAGCUAUAUAAGUUUCAGACCUGGGCUUGCUAGCGAUGGAGUGACAGAGACGUUUACGCCUCGAAGUUUGCUGUGGGAUCUCAAAGGUGGACAUGGGUCGCUGAAGAAAUACAAUGCACUCUACGACUCAGUGCCUGACAUACCAACAAAAGUGACCAAAAUCGAACAGCCGCGCAUUGAGGAGAGCAACUACAUCAAGGCCCUCAACAUGACUGGCAGCACGCUGAGCCCCGAUCUGCCGCGACUAUCUGCCAGUACGGCCAGAUACUGGGCCGACUACUGCAACGUCUUCCAUCACCCGCGCUCGCUGCUUGAGGUUGGUAGCUACGUGUAUGACCCCGUCCGAGCGCCAAAGGGCCUUGUCAGAGGAGUUCCUCUCAGCGAGGACCCGGCCCGACGUGCAAACUCCGAGUUUCGAGGGUGGCAGACUGGCGUGGACGAGUUCAAGCGCGAGGCCAGCGACGCCGGGGAAGAGGCGCUGGAUACACAGUUCAGAAACAUGCUGGAAGAGUGCGACAUGCUAGGCGGUGUCAACGUCGUCGUCGACGUGGACUCGGCGUGGGGCGGGUUUGCCAGCGAGGCCUUGGAAUUGAUUCGGGACGAUUACAUCGCAAAGAGUACGAUUGCGGUCUGGGGAAUGGAGGAUCGGGGAGAUCUGCAGCGCGACGAGCAGGCUUCGCGCAUAGAGACAGUGCUCGCGCUGUCUGCGGCUGCGACGGCGUACAUCCCGCUGGCGCUGCCGGAUCGAUGCGGUCUGCUGAGUGACGUGGGCAGUCUAUGGGAAGCCGGAGCGCUGUUCAAUCUUGCGUUUGAGACGCUCACGCUUCCGGCUCGGGUCAGAGCAGGCGACCCCGCGCGGGCGGAUAUGCUGGAGAUCAUAGAGGCGGCUACGUUUGGGAUUGAAGGCGAGCGGCAGUUUGUGUCAGACGUGCGAGUGGCUGCGGGCGAUGAGAGCGUCGCGCUCGGAGGACAGAACUCGGUGAACGACGGCUGGAUGGACGCGCGGACACGGCGACAGCGCGCGUACAGACGGGAGAAGAAGUCAUCAGCCGCGUCAUCGUUUGGGUCUACGGGCGUCGUCCGCGGCUACGCGUCCGCGAGCGCUCUGACAGACGCAUGGGCGCGGUUUCCCGCAGACGAGAAGUGGAAGUUGAUGCGGGAAGCGCGGCUGGCGUGGCCGCUUCUGACGUCUGCGCCCGCGAUGAGUAUCGCUGCGGGCGACGUAGUGAGUGCGGGCGCGCGCAGCACGACGAGGACGGCCGCGACGCUCGCGCAGAUGGCGGAGUUUGUGGAGCAGUGCUGGAGGAGCACGAGCAGCGGGCGGCACGGGAGCAGCGACCGCGGCGAGGUGCUCGAGGAGCUGGACGAGGCGCGGCAGCCGUACGUGGACGAGUUCGAGGACGAGUCCGAGGAGGAGGAGGAGGAGUAGCGUAGUCAUGAAUGACAUAAUCCACAAUCACGUGUUUAAGGUUUCCGGCGAGACUCGGCAGCGCACU